AUGCCCCCCGAGGAGGAGAGCCCGGCCGGUGGUGGGGAAGGGGACGAUGGUCUCGUCCUCCUGCAAGCCUUGAAGAGCGGCAGCACCCGGAAGGGCUGUGACCCCUUCGCCCAGACCCAACGUAGCAAACUGCAGCAUCGCCGGGCGCGGAUCAACCAGCAGAUCAACAAGGAGAUGAGGAUGCGAGCUGGGGCAGAAAACCUCUUCAGGGCCACCAGUAACCACAAAGUCAAAGAGACGGUGGCCUUGGAGCUGAGCUAUGUGAAUUCCAACCUUCAGCUGCUGAAGGAGGAGCUGGAAGAGCUGAACAGCAGCGUGGACGUCUACCAGAAUGACAGCGAGUCCAUCAGCGUCCCCAUGAUCCCUUUGGGCCUGAAGGAGACGAAGGAGCUGGAUUUGCUAGUACCUCUAAAGGAUCUCAUCAGUGAACACUAUGGAGAGGAGGGCAUCUUGUUUGAAAAGGAAAUCAAAGAGUUCAUGGAGCUACGGCAGGCGAUGCGCACCCCGAGCCGCAACGAAGCCGGGCUCGAGCUCUUGAUGGAAUAUUACAACCAGCUCUACUUCCUCGACAGCCGUUUCUUCCCUCCCACCAAAAGCUUGGGUGUCUUCUUCCACUGGUACGACUCCCUGACAGGGGUCCCAUCCCACCAGCGAGCGCUGGCCUUCGAGAAGGGCAGCGUGCUCUUCAACAUCGGAGCCCUGCACACCCAGAUCGGAGCGCGGCAGGACCGCGCGUCCCUGCCGGGGCUCAACCAAGCCAUCGAUGCCUUUCAGAAGGCAGCCGGUGCCUUUAACUACUUGAAGGAAAACUUCUCCAAUGCUCCCAGCCUGGAUAUGAGUGCCGCCUCCUUGAACAUGCUGGUGCGAUUAAUGGUCGCCCAGGUCCAGGAGUGCGUCUUUGAGAAGAUGACUUUGCUGCGCACUCAGCAUGACUUCCUCGCCCGGCUGCAGCUUGCCCAGGAGGCAGCAAGGGUGGAAGACGUCUACUCGCUGGUACACCAGACGAUGACCCAGGCGCAUGUGAAAGAUUAUGUUCCCUUCUCGUGGACCACCAUGGUCCACGUCAAGUCGGAACAUUUCAAAGCCCUCUCCCACUACUUCGCUGCCAUUGCUCUCUGCGACUGCCCCGCGGCAUCUGACGCUGAACUGCCAGAGCAGGAGAAGGCUUUUAUCCAGUUCCAUGUCACCAUGCCAGAGGGACCGUCACUCCGCAUCCUGCUGCAGGACCCUGAGGAGAGGAGGAAGCUGGGCAAAGCUCAUCUGAAGAAAGCCAUCAUGAAGCACGAGGAAGCCAUGAGGAUCCACGGCUUGUGCAAGAUCCUGCGGAAGAUGGAUAUCCUUCAGGAGGUCCUCUCCUUCGCCCACAAACGCUCGCUGAGCAAAUACUCAGAAAUUGACCACGAGGAGGACUUCUUUGAAACAGGAGAUGCCCCGGACAUUCACCCCAAAACGCACCAGAAACCAGAGAUAAAAUCCCCCAACUUCUCCCAGGUUAAGGUGACCGACCUCUUCCACAGGCUGGGGCCCCUUUCGGUUUUCUCGGCUAAAAACAAGUGGUACCCAGCGCGGAGAGUCCACCUGAUGAGAGGAGAGAACGGUUUUGGGUUCACGCUGCGAGGAGACUCCCCCGUCCUCAUUGCUGGUGUCAUCCCAGGGGGUUGCGCUGCCGAAGCUGGGCUGAAGGAGGGAGACUACAUCAUCUCGGUGAACGGCAAGGACUGCAAGUGGUCCAAGCACGCCGAGGUGGUGCAGCUGCUGAAGAGCACUGGGGAGGAAGGAGUGGAGAUCGGUGUGAUAACCCUGCAGGGCCCAGAGGGACCGAAAGCCGCGGACAAGAAGGCAGCAGCAAUGUCCUCGGGCGGUGGGCUGCAGAAGAGCAACAAGGAGAACAGCCGAAAGAGCCUGAUGAACAGCAAGAGCGCCAGCACGCUGCUGGUCUGGAGCAAGAAGAGCAAGCGGAGCAAGAAGAGUACCUACGGCGUCCCCUUCACCGCAGUAGGAGACAAUGAGGCCAUGUACUGA